CGUCAGUGGCGGGCUCAGUGUCAUGGAUGCGAACAUGGCGGACAUGGAUACAGACUCAGAGCGGAGGCCGGCGGAGAGCGGACAGAAGGCGGACACUGAGGCCGCAGAACCCGCGGCUAAAGGUCCCGGAGGCGCCUAUGAGCUGCCCUGGGUGGAGAAAUACAGACCCCUGAAACUGGACCAGAUCGUGGGGAACGAGGAGACCGUGAGCCGCCUGGAGGUGUUCGCCCGGGAGGGAAACGUCCCGAACAUCAUCAUAGCAGGUCCUCCUGGUACAGGAAAGACCACCAGUAUACUGUGUCUGGCCCGAGCUCUGCUGGGGGCCUCCAUGAAAGACGCCGUCCUGGAGCUGAACGCUUCCAAUGACAGAGGCAUCGAUGUGGUGAGGAACAAGAUCAAGAUGUUCGCUCAGCAGAAAGUCACACUGCCCAAAGGACGACACAAGAUCAUCAUCCUGGACGAGGCCGACAGUAUGACGGACGGAGCUCAGCAGGCCUUGAGGAGGAUCAUGGAGAUCUACUCCAAGACCACGCGCUUCGCUCUGGCCUGCAAUGCCUCCGAUAAGAUCAUCGAGCCCAUCCAGUCGCGCUGCGCGGUGCUGCGUUACUCCAAACUGACGGACGCUCAGAUCCUCAACCGACUGCAGGACGUGGUGGAGAGGGAGGCGCUGGCGGUGUCCGACGACGGGCUGGAGGCCGUCAUCUUCACCGCGCAGGGCGACAUGAGGCAGGCACUGAACAACCUGCAGUCGACCAACUCCGGCUUCGGUUACAUCAACAGCGAGAAUGUGUUCAAAGUGUGUGACGAACCCCACCCUCUGCUGGUGAAAAGCAUGCUGGGACACUGCGUGGACGGAAACAUCGACGAGGCAUUCAGGGUCAUGGAACACCUGUGGAAACUGGGCUACUCCCCGGAGGACAUCAUUGGAAACAUCUUCAGGGUCUGCAAGACGUACCAGAUGGCCGAGUACCUGAAACUGGAGUUUAUCAAGGAGGUGGGCUCCACCCACAUGCGAGUGGCUGAAGGUGUGAACUCUCUGUUGCAGAUGUCGGGGCUGUUGGCUCGACUCUGUUCUAAGACGGCGCCUCCUGCUGCUGUCUGCUGAAUGCAGGUGGUGGGUUCUGAUCCGGUUCUGGUGGGUUCUGAUCCGGUUCUGGUGGUUUCCUGUGCAGUGUUUGUAAUAAAUCAGAUUGUCAGCGGUUCUGACUUGA